AUGGCCUGUGUUCCCUCUUCGACUCUUUCUAGAGACACCUGUUUUCAAAUCUGUGACGACUUCGUGUCCUUUGGUGACGCACCCGAAGAAUGCCUGCAAUGCCUCUCCGUAUUCGAUCUUGACAAUCGAAACGCGGUCCACGCUGCGCUCGAGCACCGACAUCUACCAUUUGCUCCCAAUGUCCCCGUCUGUGGGGCACCCAGGCCCACCAUCACUGCUGGCCCCCUACGUGCCCAGCUCCACAAGCGCGAAGUUAUCACUACUUCCGCCUACUGCACUGUCCCCACAACUCCUGACAAGGAUGCCUGUGAGGCCAUCUGCAAGGAUGUCAUUCGGGACUUUGGUCUAUGUCUUGACGGGGCAGCCUGUAUCUGCGAUCGAGUGCUGAAGAUUUCCGAACGAGUCAAUUUAUGUCUCGGUUGCUCAGAUCAGUUUGAUAUGAGCUACCUUAACGUCUACGAGAAUAUCAAGUUGCCUCUUCAGAACUGCAUGAAACCUACGACAGCAUCAUCCGUUUGUGGCCAGACCACGAUCGACAACGAAAGCUCCUGUGCCCCUCCCACCGCCUCAGCAACUGCUUGCAGAAUUCCCAACCCCCAGAAUCAGAACAAUGUCCAGUGUCAGCAACCUUGUUUGAACGUGAUUGCUGAACUCGACUUGUGCGCAACCGGCGAUUCUGGCUGCAUUUGCAAUGCCUUCAACAGAAAUGAGGUCAAGUUGAGAAACUGUUUGCUUUGCGACGCCCUCUUCAAUUACAGCAGCAGUGAAGUGGGUACCCCAAUCACCGAGAUGAAGCGUCGACUGUAUGACCGAAUGGAUGUCUGCGGAAGAUCAGUCGACAGCCAGGAGCAAUGCGAGUACGCAGAGGUUCCCGGCGAGUGUGUUCACGUGGACCCUCCUGUCCCCGAGCCAUCCCCUGAUGUCUCUUCGGCCGAGCCUUCACCCUCUCCUGUUACCUCUGAAGGCAAUGACAACGGUUCGCCUUCUAUCUCAGAGGGUAAUGUCUACUGCGCUGUUCCCACAACCCCUGACAAGGAUGCCUGUGAAGCCAUCUGCAAGGAUGUCAUUCGGGACUUUGGUCUAUGUCUUGACGGGGCAACCUGUAUCUGCGAUCGAGUGCUGAAGAUUCCCGAGCGAGUCAACUUGUGUCUCGGUUGCUCAGAUCAGUUUGAUAUGAACUACCUCAAUGUCUACGAGAACAUCAAGUUGCCUCUUCAGAACUGUAUGAAACCUACGACAGCAUCAUCCGUUUGUGGACAGACUACAAUCAACAGCGAAAGUUCUUGUGCUCCGCCAACCUCCACAGCUACUGCUUGCAGAAUUCCCAACCCCCAGAAUCAGAACAAUGUCCAGUGUCAGCAACCUUGCUUGAACGUGAUUGCUGAACUCGACUUGUGCGCAACCGGCGAUUCUGGCUGCAUUUGCAAUACCUUCAACAGAAAUGAGGUCAAGUUGAGAAACUGUUUGCUUUGCGACGCCCUCUUCAAUUACAGCAGCAGCGAAGUGGGCACGCCAAUCACCGAGAUGAAGCGUCGACUGUAUGACCGAAUGGAUGUCUGCGGAAGAUCAGUCGACAGCCAGGAGCAAUGCGAGUACGCAGAGGUUCCCGGCGAGUGUGUUCACGUGGACCCUCCUGCCCCCGAGCCAUCCCCUGAUGUCUCUUCGGCCCAGCUUUCACCCUCUCCUGUUACCUCUGAUGGCAAUGACAACGGCUCGCCUACCACUUCCCAGGUUCUCGCCUACUGCACUGUUCCCACAACUCCUGACAAGGAUGCCUGUGAGGCCAUCUGUAAGGAUGUCAUUAGAGACUUUGGUCUAUGUCUUGAGGGGGCAGCCUGUAUCUGUGAUCGAGUGCUGAAGAUUCCCGAGCGAGUCAACUUGUGUCUCGGUUGCUCAGAUCAGUUUGAUAUGAACUACCUCAAUGUCUACGAGAACAUCAAGUUGCCUCUUCAGAACUGUAUGAAACCUACGACAGCAUCAUCCGUUUGUGGACAGACUACAAUCAACAGCGAAAGUUCCUGUGCUCCGCCAACCUCCACAGCUACUGCUUGCAGAAUUCCCAACCCCCAGAAUCAGAACAAUGUCCAGUGUCAGCAACCUUGCCUGAACGUGAUUGCUGAACUCGACUUGUGCGCAACCGGCGAUUCUGGCUGCAUUUGCAAUGCCUUCAACAGAAAUGAGGUCAAGUUGAGAAACUGUUUGCUUUGCGACGCCCUCUUCAAUUACAGCAGCAGUGAAGUGGGUACUCCAAUCACCGAGAUGAAGCGUCGACUGUAUGACCGAAUGGAUGUCUGCGGAAGAUCAGUCGACAGCCAGGAGCAAUGCGAGUACGCAGAGGUUCCCGGCGAGUGUGUUCACGUGGACCCUCCUGUCCCCGAGCCAUCCCCUGAUGUCUCUUCGGCCGAGCCUUCACCCUCUCCUGUUACCUCUGAAGACAACGACAAUGGCUUCCCUUCUACCACUCAAGGCAACUCUCAAACUACAAGUAGCCCUAUUCCAGACAACGAUGAGGGAACAGGCUCGGGAGAUGAAGAUGAGAGCUCAACCGGAGCACUUUCUUCUGUUUCCUCUGAAGACAAUAACAAUGGCUCUCCUUCUACCUCCCAGGGUAUCUCUGAAACUAGCCAUACUACCGACAAUGGCAGUGGCACACCCACUUCUGUUUCUUCUGAAGACAACAACAAUGGCUCCCCUUCUACCUCUCAGGGUAUCUCUGAAACUAGCCAUACCACCGACAAUGGCAGUGGCACACCCACUUCUGUUUCUUCUGAAGACAACAACAAUGGCUCCCCUUCUACCUCUCAGGGUAUCUCUGAAACUAGCCAUACCACCGACAAUGGCAGUGGCACACCCACUUCUGUUUCUUCUGAAGACAACAACAAUGGCUCCCCUUCUACCUCUCAGGGUAUCUCUGAAACUAGCCAUACCACCGACAAUGGCAGUGGCACACCCACUUCUGUUUCUUCUGAAGACAACAACAAUGGCUCCCCUUCUACCUCUCAGGGUAUCUCUGAAACUAGCCAUACCACCGACAAUGACAGUGGCACACCCACUUCUGUUUCUUCUGAAGACAACAACAAUGGCUCCCCUUCUACCUCUCAGGGUAUCUCUGAAACCAGCCAUACUACCGACAAUGACAGUGGCACACCCACUUCUGUUUCUUCCGAGGACAAUGACAAUGGCUCCCCUACCACCACCCAAGGCAACUCUCAAACUACAAGUAGCCUUACUCCCGACAAUGAUGAGGGAACAGGCUCGGGAGAUGAAGAUGAGAGCUCAACCGGAGCACUUUCUUCUGUUUCCUCUGAAGACAAUAACAAUGGCUCUCCUUCUACCUCCCAGGGUAUCUCUGAAACUAGCCAUACUACCGACAAUGGCAGUGGAAAACCCACUUCUGUUUCUUCUGAGGACAAUGACAAUGGCUCCCCUACCACCACCCAAGGCAACUCUCAAACUACAAGUAGCCUUACUCCCGACAAUGAUGAGGGAACAGGCUCGGGAGAUGAAAAUGACAGCUCAAACGGUGGCGACAAUGGUUCCAACGGAGGUUCCAACGGUGGUUCCAACGACGGUUCUAACGGCGAUGGCUCUGGUGGAGGCGCCGAUGGUGGAUCUGAUAAUGGUUCUAACGACGGUUCCAACGGCGACGGCUCUGAUGGAGGUGCCGAUGGUGGAUCUGAUAAUGGUUCUAACGACGGUUCUAACGGCGAUGGCUCUGAUGGAGGCGCCGAUGGUGGAUCUGAUAAUGGUUCCAACGACGGUUCCAACGGCGACGGCUCUGAUGGAGGCGCCGAUGGCGGAUCUGAUAAUGGUUCCAAUGGAGGUUCUAACGGCGAUAACUCUGACGGAAGCUCCAACGGAGGAUCCAACGGUAAUGGCACUGAUGACGGUUCGAGCGGUGGUUCAGACGGAGGAUCCGACAGCGACGGAUCCAAUGGAGGUUCUAAUGGUGGCGGAUCUGACGGAGGGUCUACCGGCGAUGGUUCCAACGGAGACGGCUCUAGCGGAGACACUGGUGCAGGAUCCGGUGGCGAAGAAGGCGGCGACGGAUCUAACGGAGGAUCUAGUGGCGACGGUUCCAAUGGAGACUCCAACGGCGAUGGAUCUAGCGGCGACGGAUCUAGCGGCGAUGGAUCCAAUGGAGGAGGCUCCAACGAUGAUGGAUCCAAUGGAGGUUCCGAUGGCGGUUCUAAUGGCGGUUCCAACGACGACGGUUCCAAUGGAGGCUCCAAUGGCGAUGGAUCGAACGGAGAUGAUUCCAAUGGCGGUUCUAAUGGCGGUUCCAACGGCGACGAUUCCAAUGGAUCUAACGGCGACGGUUCCAACAGCGACGGCACCAAUGGAGAUGAUUCCAAUGGCGGUUCCAACGGCGACGGUUCCAACGGAUCUAACGGAGACGGUUCCAACGGCGACGGCACCAAUGGAGGCUCCAACGGCGACGGUUCAAACGGGGACUCCAGCGGAGGUACCAAUGGUGGAUCUGGUCAAGGAUCUGGUGGCGAAGAAGGAGGCAAUGGAUCUGGCAAUGAUUCUAAUGGUGGCACCACGGGAGGUUCCAAUGGCUCCGGUGAUUCUUCUGGAGGCUCUACAGGAUCUGACGACUCAGGCUCAGGCUCAGGCUCAGGCUCGGGCUCUAGUGAUUCUGGCUCUGGUGGAUCAGGCUCAGGCUCAGGCUCUAGUGGUUCUGGUUCAGACGGAUCAGGCUCAGGCGACUCAGGCUCUGGCUCAGGCGACUCAGGCUCAGGCUCUAAUGGAUCAGGCUCUGGCGACUCAGGCUCAGGCUCAGGCUCGGGCUCUAGUGAUUCCGGCUCUGGUGGAUCAGGCUCAGGCUCAGGCUCUGGCUCAGGCGACUCAGGCUCAGGCUCUAAUGGAUCUGGCUCUGGCGACUCAGGCUCAGGCUCAGGCUCGGGCUCUAGUGAUUCCGGCUCUGGUGGAUCAGGCUCAGGCUCAGGCUCCAGUGGUUCUGGCUCUGGUGGAUCUGGCUCUGGUGGAUCAGGCUCAGGCUCGAGCUCUAGUGAUUCCGGCUCUGGUGGAUCAGGCGACUCAGGCUCAGGCUCUAAUGGAUCUGGCUCUGGCGACUCAGGCUCAGGCUCAGGCUCUAGUGAUUCCGGCUCUGGUGGAUCAGGCUCAGGCUCAGGUUCUAGUGGUUCUGGCUCUGGUGGAUCAGGCUCAGGCUCCGGCUCUAGUGGUUCUGGCUCUGGCGGAUCAGGCUCAGGCACAGACUCGGGCUUUGGCUCUGGCGGAUCAGGCUCUGGCGGAUCAGGAGGCUCUUCAAGUGGAUCUAGCGGAUCAGGCUCAGGUUCAGGCUCCGGCUCUGGAUCUGAUGCAGGUAGAAACCCUAACCAAGCUGGCGCAAAUGCAUCUGGCGUCGCUCAGGCCAACACUGCCACCACCUAUACCGUUUCCUUCGGUCUCCUUGGUCUUGUGGGCAUUGCUGCCUGCUUCUAG